AUGUUUACAGGGAGGGAGGUGGUGUUACAACUGGAGGCCAACCAGGCUGUACAGAAGGAUCAGCUGGAGGCCAAGUCUCAUGAGCUACUGCAGAUGGUGUCUCAGGAGGUAGUGUUACAACUGGAAGCCAACCAGGCUGUACAGAAGGAUCAGCUGGAGGCCAAGUCUCAUGAGCUACUGCAGAUGGUGUCUCAGGAGGUGGUGUUACAACUGGAGGCCAACCAGGCUGUACAGAAGGAUCAGCUGGAGGCCAAGUCUCAUGAGCUACUGCAGAUGGUGUCUCAGGAGGUAGUGUUACAACUGGAAGCCAACCAGGCUGUACAGAAGGAUCAGCUGGAGGCCAAGUCUCAUGAGCUACUGCAGAUGGUGUCUCAGGAGGUGGUGUUACAACUGGAGGCCAACCAGGCUGUACAGAAGGAUCAGCUGGAGGCCAAGUCUCAUGAGCUACUGCAGAUGGUGUCUCAGGAGGUAGUGUUACAACUGGAAGCCAACCAGGCUGUACAGAAGGAUCAGCUGGAGGCCAAGUCUCAUGAGCUACUGCAGAUGGUGUCUCAGGAGGUGGUGUUACAACUGGAAGCCAACCAGGCUGUACAGAAGGAUCAGCUGGAGGCCAAGUCUCAUGAGCUACUGCAGAUGGUGUCUCAGGAGGUAGUGUUACAACUGGAAGCCAACCAGGCUGUACAGAAGGAUCAGCUGGAGGCCAAGUCUCAUGAGCUACUGCAGAUGGUGUCUCAGGAGGUAGUGUUACAACUGGAAGCCAACCAGGCUGUACAGAAGGAUCAGCUGGAGGCCAAGUCUCAUGAGCUACUGCAGAUGGUGUCUCAGGAGGUGGUGUUACAACUGGAAGCCAACCAGGCUGUACAGAAGGAUCAGCUGGAGGCCAAGUCUCAUGAGCUACUGCAGAUGGAGGUGGUGUUACAACUGGAAGCCAACCAGGCUGUACAGAAGGAUCAGCUGGAGGCCAAGUCUCAUGAGCUACUGCAGAUGGUGUCUCAGGAGGUGGUGUUACAACUGGAAGCCAACCAGGCUGUACAGAAGGAUCAGCUGGAGGCCAAGUCUCAUGAGCUACUGCAGAUGGUGUCUCAGGAGGUGGUGUUACAACUGGAAGCCAACCAGGCUGUACAGAAGGAUCAGCUGGAGGCCAAGUCUCAUGAGCUACUGCAGAUGGUGUCUCAGGAGGUGGUGUUACAACUGGAAGCCAACCAGGCUGUACAGAAGGAUCAGCUGGAGGCCAAGUCUCAUGAGCUACUGCAGAUGGUGUCUCAGGAGGUGGUGUUACAACUGGAAGCCAACCAGGCUGUACAGAAGGAUCAGCUGGAGGCCAAGUCUCAUGAGCUACUGCAGAUGGUGUCUCAGGAGGUAGUGUUACAACUGGAAGCCAACCAGGCUGUACAGAAGGAUCAGCUGGAGGCCAAGUCUCAUGAGCUACUGCAGAUGGUGUCUCAGCUUGAAACUGUCCGAGAAGAGUCUGCUCGUCAGGUGGCGAGAGUGAAGGAGCGUAGUGAGAUGAUCCGCAAGUGUCUGCAAGCUCAGAUAGCUGAGAUGGAGAGAGAGGUGGCUCAGUGCCGAGCGGCCGCUGCCUUUGCCAACAGGGAGAGGGACGAGAUAAGAUCCAAACUGCAAAUGGAGAUUUGUUUGCUUUCUGAAAACUUCCAUGAUUCUCAAAAUCGAAUAAUUCAGCUACAACAGCACGUCAACUAUCUCAGUGCUUCCCAUCCAACUACGCUGAUAGACCUGGUGCAGUGAUCACUGGUCGUAACAGUUAUUUCAAAAUUUUGAAAGUAUAAGACGUGUAAAUGUAUGUUUUAAAUUUUAGUGUAUUAUAAUGUAAAUAAAUUAUUUAU